AUGGCAUCGCAGCCCCCACAGCAGGGUGGAGAGGCAGACUCGGGAUCGGCAUUCUUCGAUACCUUCUUCGCAUCCGCAUUACAGCGCGCCAACAUGUCGACGGGCGAGCUGCGCGGGCUUUCGGACCAGAUCAGCGCCGCUGCCCACCCGGUUGCGGCGGGUAGCAACAACGACGUCUACGCGCCCGACGGCAAUGGGCUCGAUUGUGGCCGUGAUCCAGGAGAUGUGCCGGCGCCGCCGCCCAAGGAGCAGGCGACACGACAGCAGACUUGGGCGCUAGCCAACGGCGUGUCCGGGCUCAACCUGGGUGCGGCGGCGCCGGCAGCGGCGUCGAGUGGCUCGAGCUAUGUGCAGGCUACCUCGUCGCCGUCCACGGAAGCAUCGUCGGCGGGGGUGCAGUCGAAUGCGCAUGCGGCAGCCGCGGCGUUGCUGUCUCGUUCGACGUCGGCAACGGCCGUGCACGGUGCGCCUGCCACCAAGAUGAGUGCGGAGCUGGAUGUGUUGGCGCAGACGCGCGGCGGUGGAUUGGGCACGCCCACGGGAGAGAGGACGUACAUCGGGUCGGCGUGGGCAGCGUCGGGAACCGCAACUCCUGUCAUGGAUCCGAAUGGGCUUGGGUGGCCGGCCAAGGCGACGCUGGAUAGGCUCAACCAUACGCCUGCGCAGGCGGAAGCCAACCAGGCGCGCUUGGCGGCUGCGAUCCAUACGGUGCUCGAGUGCAUCGGUGAAGACCCCACCCGCAGCGGACUCGUCAAGACGCCCGAGCGAUACGCCAAGGCGCUGCUGUGGAUGACCAAGGGAUACGAGGUGAGGCUGAGCGACGUCAUCGCCAACGCCAUCUUUGACGAGGAGCACGACGAGAUGGUCAUCGUGCGCGAUAUCGAGAUCUUCAGCCUGUGCGAACACCACAUGGUUCCCUUUACCGGCCGGAUCCAUAUCGGAUACAUCCCCAACCGGCUGGUGAUUGGGCUGUCGAAGCUCGCAAGGAUCGCAGAGACGUUUGCACGCAGGCUGCAGGUGCAGGAGCGCCUGACCAAGCAGGUGGCACUGGCGCUCGACGAGGCGCUGAGGCCGCAGGGUGUGGCGGUGGUGGUCGAGUGCGAGCAUCUGUGCAUGGCCAUGCGCGGCGUGCAGAAACCCGGCGCGACGACCGUCACCAGCUGCAUGCUCGGCGUGUUCAGAGACCGACAAAAGACAAGAGAAGAGUUCCUCUCGCUCAUCAAAAAGUAG